AUAAAUUCUCUACCGUUUGCAUUCUAAAUUCAGUAAAUUAAGACACAAUAUUAAGAAAAAAACUCAAUUGAAUGAAUGUAUAAAUCAACUUUCUCCCUAUUAAAGAAAAAAGCUCUUUCACUCUCUCCUUCUCUCGAUCAAGCAAAAUCUGGAUUCAACAAGGACUUCCCUUCAACUAAAACCCUUUUGAUUCGAGAACAAAACUCCGGGUCUUUUUUUUUCUUUGUGUUCUUGACCAGUGUUUAAUCGAAAAUUUGUAGCUUUUUUUUUUUGGGGGGGGGUGGUGAGUGGGGAUGAGGAAGAGGGAGAGGGAGAAUCCGUGUGGGGUAUGUGGGCACUAUCACAAGUACGAGGAAGGGGAAGUUUGUGGGAUAUGUGGGCACCGCCCUCCCAUAUCUUCCGAUAGAACAUCGCUUCAACUCAGUGCCUUUCCAUCGGUGAUCUUGCCUGACUUUCUCUAUUUGGGUAGCUAUGAUAACGCCUCUCGCUCUGAGCUUCUCAAGACUCAAGGAAUUACUCGCGUCCUUAAUACCGUACCUGCAUGUCAAAACCUAUACAGGAAUUCAUUUAUCUAUCACUGCCUGCAAGAUGACAAAAUUUUACAAUUUGAUGAUGCAAUACAAUUUUUAGAGCAAUGUGAGAAGGAUAAGGCUCGAGUUCUUGUGCAUUGCAUGUCAGGAAAAAAUAGGUCACCAGCUAUCGUAAUAGCUUACUUGAUGAGGUCUAAAGGAUGGAGGCUUCCGCAGAGCUAUCAAUGGGUGAAAGAACAUAGAUCGUCUGUUGAGUUGAGUGAAGCUGUCUAUCAGCAGUUGCAAGAAUAUGAGCAGAAGCUCUUCGGAUCAUCUGAAAGUACCAAUCCUUCUUUGCCUGCAUUCCCACCACCUGCUGGAGCUCUAUUCAACUUUGGUUUCUCAAAGACAGUGCAAGAGGAGAGCAUGGCCAAGGAUUCGUAUAAGGCUAAGUUGAUGGGUGAUUCAUCGAUUCCACAUGGGAAUGUUUGUAUGAAAGAAGAUUUUGAGUGACAGAAUGUGGUUGUGACGACGGAGACAGUGAAUGAAAUUCCUUCCAUCACGUUUUCGGAUCGUGUUCAUAGGUUUAUUGAAAAGAAAAUAGCUUUAUCAAUUGUGAUCAAAUUACUGGGGAGGAAGAUAGCUUUCAACAAUUUACUCAACAAGUUGUCUGCUCUAUGGUAUCAAGGGUAGGUUUCAAUUAAUGGAUUUGGAAAAUGGCUUUUUCUUGUCCAGUUCCAAGAUAAAAGAUGAUUUUGACAAGAUGUUAAAUCUUUCCCAACAACCAAUAAUGAGGUAGACACUCAGAUGGUAUCAUUAUAUAACUUUUUAGAUUAUCUAUGAAUUAAAUGAUUAUAUAAUCUAAAGAUGAUGAUGUAUAUAGUUACACCUAAAUGGUAUAUUAACAACCAUAAUAUUUAAAAAGAAAAAACAAAGUGAGAAAUGAGAAAUGCAGUUUUAUAAAAAAGCAUGCAACAACCAAAACAAAUGCUAAACCCUUCCAAAUCCAAACACGAGAAAAACAAAAAAAGAAAGAAACUGCAACAACUGGUAAAUUAAAGGAUGCCAAACUGAAAGAUCUCAGAAAGCAUGGAAGACAGAGAUAGAGCUUCGCAACCACCCAUUUUUAUUGAGUGAAGAACCAAAGAAAUGGAGUCCGGGCGGCGCCCAACUAGAUCCUUAUCUUGAUGUUGUUGACGAGCUUAAAAGUGUCAUCGAAGUCGUCUUCAUCUUCGGGGGUAUCUUCGCAACGUUGGCUAUCGCCAGGCUGAGCACCGCCAUGGUUGCACCCAUGAUCGUUU